UGGUUCGCCGCCCUGGCUUGCAGAAGAGCUUGCCGUUCGAGAGUGCCCCGGCCUCGGCAACUCUUUCAUUUGACGCCGUGGUGAGUGUUGCGUUCGCCCAUCGGCAAUCAGAAUUCGUUGAUGCCACCUUUGGGCGUGUUCGAUCAAGCUCUCACCGUGAGUCUGCGUGUCUCUCCGUGGUCCUCUUGCCCCCGAUCCUGCUGGCCACCAGAAAUUUGUGUCAAGCCUUUGCAGCGCAAGCCAGUCUGCAGCCUGGUCCGCCCGGGUCGCAGCGCGAGUCCAGCCGCUCUGCAAGCCAUGCCUUGCCCGAGGGCCCUGCUGACCACCAAGAACACGUUCUUGGCCUGCAGGUCGCCGUGGAUGGAGGACAUCGUGCUGCCUCGGAGGUCCAUCUCCGACCCCACCUCUUCCAGCACCGCCAGCGUCGCGGAGACGGAGUGGACCCAGAGGGACACGAGCAGUUGCGACAAGUCGUCGUCCGUCGCGACUCGCUCUGCUACGGGCCACUGCUCCUCUUCCACCCUCGCGGGCGCAGCGGAGUCUUCGCGAGCAGCGGGCCAGGCGGAGGACGAGCCUCUCCAGCCCAGGACGAGGGCGCAGCGACGCCGCCAGCAGCGCAAGCUGGCCAGGGAGUUGGGCAGGCCACUGAUCCGCAGGGGGCGCGACCAGGAUCGGCCGGCCGACGGCGACGACGACCAGUCGCAGCUCAGCUCCGAUCCGCCGGCGCGCCUGAUCCGCAAGAGGCCCGACCAGGAUCGGCCGGCCGACGGCGGCGACGCUCAGUCGCAGCUCAGCUUCGAGGGACCGCCUGACCCGCUGGCGCGGCCGGAAGCAGAGCGCCAGAUCCGCAAGAGGCGCGACCAGGGUCAGCUCUCGGCAGCCGUCUCUUCUUCGCGGGGGCCAGCUCGCGUCGAGGGCUCCCCCACGAAGAUCUCUCUGUGAGGGCCUUCGCCGUCCAGAGUAGCCGCAUCUCGCUUCCGAAUCCCCCGUCCAGUGACAGGAUGGCUGGACUUGGCUUUAGACUUGUUGGCCAGGUCUGACCUGAGUCUUAAUGGAGGAUGACGAUUAAUAAAUGACCGGGGAUCGUG